UUUGUCUUUUUUAAAUUAAUUUAACAGGUCACCAUAACUUUCGUUUCCGGUGACGUCACAUCUCCUUUUGAGUGGCCACGUGAUUGUGUUGAGAAUUCAGCAAUCUUCGGGCCGCUCACACAAUAAAUUAACAGUUACAUCAAGAUUUCAGUUUACAGCUUCGGCUGCGGGACGUAUUACUUAUAGAUAAACCCACAAAGCUUCAUUUGGAUCAGGUCAGUUAGAUAAGGGCCAGUGUCCAUGUCGAACUAAUCGUGGCCCUACAGAAUACAUGGAUGCUCCCCACACUUCCUCUAUCUGUGCGCCUUACAUUUUUCAGUCGCUACAACUGUUUAAUCUGUAGUUAAGAAGCGAUACCGUGUUUGUCUGAGACGUCUUCAAACGCAGCAUGAGCGUACACCUACAUUUUUGCCACACCUGUUAUUUUUGUGGAUAACACCGGCUGGAAACGUGCAGUGCUGCACGGUGUAUCACAGUCAAAUGCAAAAAAAAUAAAAAAUAAAUAAAUAAAUAAACUGUACAAAUUUCUUUCAAACAAACCGUGUAAAUCGAGGAUUCCUGUUACGUGCAUAAUGUUAGCUCAAUAAUGACUAUAGUUAACCCAUGUUAAGCUGGUAAAUCGAGGGCUGCUUAAAUCUUAAAUGUUUUUCUUCGCCUAUUAUUUUGUAUGUUAUCACUUCAAAUAUGCGAAUACAUGCAAAUAUCUCAUACGUCAGUGCUUUUAUUUUGAAAUGAAAAUCAGUUUAGUUUUUAUUGUCGGUCUCUUAAGGAAAAACCUAGUUGCCAAAGCAUAAAUAAACCCUUAAAAAUAACUAUAUAUUAGUAAAAUAACUUAAAAAACAAACGAACAAACAAACAAAAAAAAAAAACAAUACAAAUCCCACCCAAAUAUCUCCGUUCGCUUCAAGCUCCACUCAAAAAGACUUCGGAUCCUGGACUUAGGUUGCUGAACUUUCUCUGUAUUGCGAAGCAUCCGGACAUCAGGUCCCGUCACUGCCGCAGUAAUAGUUAGGGGCGAAUAAAGGAGGGGAACCAACAAGCAGACAGCUGGGUGAGACAGGAAAAGAAAUCCAGAGAGAAUAUCGGUCAAAAAUCCAGUUGUCACCGUGCUCUCGCAAAAUGGAUUAUCAGCGUUUAACGAGCCAUGGUCAGCACCAAAAUCACGGCGUUGCCAACCCAGGUUACAUACCAGCAGCAGUGGGGCCAGCAGCAAUGUUUGCCCCACCCGUGGAGGAGCAUCCGGGCCCUAGCGCUCCUCCGGCCGGUAUGUUUGACAACAUGCCUGGAUAUGAAGGGACGAUGGCGGGAGGAGGUGGGUUUCUUCCACCUCCCAUGCCUGCUCAACCAGUCCCCCAGCCUUCACCUGGACCUGAACAACCACACUGGAAUAUCCCGUCUAUAAGUGAAGAUACUGCCAGGGAUGCCUUUAGCCUGUAUGUUUCCAGCAAAUGUUGCUACAGUUCUGCGCCAGUAAAGGACGGUGUUAUCAUCAACAUGGAGUCAUUCAAUACUUACAGGUAUCGCCUGGAAACAUUUACUGAAUCCAGAUCUACAGAGUGGAGCCAUGAGCCAUUCCACGGCCAGCCAGUGGACGCCUAUGUUCAGCAACCUCCAGGACCGUGGGACCUUCCGGCCAAAGCACCCACUUUUUUUGUGGACGGCGAACAGAAAAUGAAGGUUCCCUACACCUCUUCUAUGAAGCCUUGCCAUGAUUGUGUGGGAAUGGGGAAGAAACCAUGCAAAGACUGUGCAGGCUCUGGUAAUAAAGUGUGUUGGGUGUGUAAUGGAUCUGGUUUUCGUCAUGGAGAUGAUCGAUGCCAUCACUGCAGCGGAAGAGGGAGGGAAAAUUGUGCACAAUGUCAUGGGCAAGGAUCAACGCAAUGUACCACAUGUCGAGGAAAACAGCAGCUUUUGGUCUUCAUCUGCCUCACUGUGAAAUGGACAAACAACUCUGACAAUUAUGUUGUUGAACAAUCGAGCGGUCUUCAGGUGUCAAACCUUAGUCAAGUGUCAGGCAAGGAGCUCUUCAGGGACUCUCAGUACUUGGUGUAUCCAGUCAUGGGCUUCCCAGACCCUAUGAUAGUGCAGGCUGCACAGCGCCUUGUUGGGGAUCAUCAGGGCAAGUUCUCACGGACGUCACGUAUUCUACAACAGCGUCAAACCAUUGAAUUGAUCCCCAUCACAAAGGUCACCUACACAUGGAAAGGAAAAACAUAUGUCUACUUUGUGUACGGAAAUGAGUUCAAAGUUCAUACGGAUGACUAUCCUGCUACCUGCUGCUGCUCUGUAAUGUAACUGAGAUGAACAUAGCAUUCUGAUUAUAUAAACAAAAUUAAGAAAUCAACUAUUUACAAAAUCCUUUAAAACAUAGAUGAGACAUUUUUGAAUAGGGAGUCAAAUUACUGUUGUCAACUAAAUAAUUUGGAAAAAGCGUCAACUGAGGCAGCAGUUGUGGACCAGCUGCAUCACCUCGUCAAAGUUUAUCAAAGUUGAAAUUAGGCAAUCUGGUAAUUUAACAAAUCCAUAAUUUUGUGUCUUUGUUAGAAAUUGACAAAAUAUAUUUGCUUCCAGGUUAAAGGGACCAUUUUGUUAUCUGCGCACCAUGCAGAAGACAGUAUUAAUGUUGAUACAAAUGUGUAAUGACACUAUUACUCUUAAUGAUAUCUACGAGUUUAAAGGUUUUGAAACCACCUGCGCUGACAUUACAAAGUGAGGCAAUUUAAGAAAAAGACCACUAUGAGGUGCACUGGGAAAGUAUCUGUUUUGUCUUUUUUUCCCACCCCAGCAAAGUACAAAUUCAUGGAGAUAUUGCAUGUUAAUCUUUAUGUUGUCCGUGUUUUGUUGUUUGGAUGGAUUUAACAGAUUGUCUUCUACUUUUGUUUAUGAUAGAAUUUGUUGUAAAAUAAAUGAAGAACACCACUUUAUUGGAGAAAAAAUAAGAUUUAAUCUGCAUUACUUUGCAUUUAUGUAAAUCGAUGGAUCUUUAUGAAGCAAUUCACAUUUAAUAUCCAUUUCAAUUUAGUCUGUAACAGUAACUGGCACAUGUAUUCUAAAUGUAGAGAUUUCCAUUAAACAUUAUGCAAGUAUUUUACAACAAUGUAUUUCAUGUAACAUGAAAAUUCUGUUUGUAAGAAAAUAUUGUGACGCUUAUAUUAAAAUUCUUGCAUUAAAAUAAAGGCUAUUUUUGCAA